AUGGCCUCCGUAUCAACGGCAACAGCAGCCUCUCCCGACGGUCCUGCAACCGCCACCUCGGCAUACUCGGGACCGACGAACGAUGGCAGGAAAGAACCCGCUACGAAACGCAAGGCCGCUGGGUGGAAACACUUCGUCGCCGGAGGUGUCGGUGGGAUGACAGGAGCCAUCGUGACUUCUCCUUUCGACGUUGUCAAGACCCGGCUCCAAUCCGACCUUUUCCGUGACCCUCCUUCUCGCCCUUCGACCUCGACUUCCUCUGCUAUCCCCUCAUCCUCUUCAAUCCUCUCACACGCCUCGAAACAAGCGGAAUCUCUCAGCUCGGCCGCUGCUCUCAAAGCUCGAACGGUAGGGGCGAGGCCGCAAGGAGUGAGAGGCUUGGUAUAUCAUUUCGUAGAGACGGGGCAGAUUAUUCGGGAUAUCUACGUGAAUGAAGGGCCAAAGGCGUUGUUUAAAGGUCUAGGACCGACAUUGGUCGGCGUUGUCCCUGCUCGUGCCAUCAACUUCUCCACCUACGCCCAGAUGAAGACCGUCCUCGCAUCUACCUUCCCGUCCCUUUCACCUACUCACUCUGGCUUGGUCCCUGUGACACAUAAUGGUGCGACCGCCGCGGCAGGUGCAGAGUCGAGCCCGUAUAUCCAUCUGGGGGCGGCAGCGAUAGCCGGUAUCGUCACUAGCACGGCUACCAACCCGAUCUGGGUCGUCAAGACUCGUCUACAACUGGAGGCUAGACAACUAGAAAACAACCAAAAGGCCGCUUCGUUAACAGCAUCAUCGUCAACAACAUCAAACGCAGCUAAAGCAGCAGCUUCAGCUCUCAAACCUGCCAUCCCCGCUGUACCAGGAGCGGGCGCAGUAACGAGCAAGCUGAUCCCCGCUUGGACAAUGACCAAGGACAUUUUGAGCAAAGAGGGGAUCAGGGGGAUGUACAAGGGGAUGAGCGCGAGUUAUUUGGGAGUCUCGGAGGGUGUCAUCCAAUGGGUAUUAUACGAGCGCCUGAAAAAGAUUUCUACCCAGACUUACCCGGGCCAACCUACCCGUUCGAAACUCGCCGAAUGGGUAGGCAUUGUAGGAUCCAGCGGGGGUGCCAAGAUGGUCGCCUCCCUCAUCACCUAUCCUCACGAAGUUAUCAGGACUCGACUAAGACAGGCUCCCAACCCGGGUGCGAUGCCAAAGUAUACGGGUCUAUUGCAGACGCUUCGUUUGGUCAUCGCCGAGGAAGGUGCCGCCUCGCUCUACGGAGGCCUUUCUGCUCACCUGAUGCGAGUGGUUCCCAACGCCGCUUGCAUGUUCACCAUCUACGAGAUCGCACUUCGACUAUAAUACGUGCAUAACGGCGGUGUACCUACGGCCUUUAUCCGCAUUCGCUUCUCUCGUUACGUCAUCCUAUACCUGAUUGCCGGCACUCUCUGCCCUACACAAGGACUAGAAAUCCUGAUAGGACCGUCCGAUACCACCCUGCACUUGUUCGAGCCAUACCGUUGUAGCCCUACACUCCUCAUCGUCAUUUGCAUAUGUUAUGAAAUCGUUAGAGCAUGGUUGACGGUACUCCCUCAGUGGCCGGUAUCAGAGCCCAGGACGUUUUCGAUCGACUUGGUGGUACAGAGGUAUUGAUACAAGAAGAGAAAGAGACCACCAAGACGACAACGUUGAAUCAAAUGAUGUGUACGUGCUGAAAAGAGGCAGGCUUAGUCUAAGCUAAUGAUUUGCGAACUGAUCGUGCACAGGUCAUCACCUACCAGCUCAUCCAAGGUGGUAUACAAGAGACCAUCGUCGAUCAAUGCC